AUGUCAAAAGUGUCUAUUGAUGGUAAAAUCCCUGAAGAUGACAAAAGGCCACAGUGGAAUAAUAAAAUCCAAUACCUUUUAAGCGGCAUUGGAUUUGCUGUAGGCUUUGGAAAUGUAUGGCGUUUUCCAUACUUGUGCCAAACUUAUGGAGGAGGUGCAUUCUUGAUUCCAUAUGUCAUUGCACUAGUGUUUGAAGGAAUCCCAAUAUUUCAUCUUGAAAUAGCUGUUGGGCAGCUCUUGAAGAAAGGCAGCAUUGGAGUCUGGAAUCAUAUUUCACCCUUCCUGGGAGGAAUUGGUUAUGCUUGCAUGAUGGUAUCGUUCAUAAUCAGCAUCUAUUAUAAUAUGAUACUUGCCUGGGUGAUGUGGUACCUGGGAAACUCUUUCCGAGAUCCCUUGCCUUGGAGUAUCUGUCCACAAGACACCAGCAAACCAGAGCUCAUCGAAGAAUGUCGUAAAAGCUCUAAAUCCACUUACUUUUGGUAUAGACAGACGCUGAACAUCAGCACAGGCAUCACACAGACUGGCCCUUUUCUUUGGUGGUUAAUUUUAUGUUUGGCCUUUUCCUGGAUCAUUGUUUACCUUUGUACAAUUCGAGGAAUUGAAUCGACUGGGAAGAUAAUUUAUGUUACAGCCACUUUUCCAUAUGUUAUUUUAACUGUAUUCCUUAUUUAUGGACUGACUCUCCCAGGAGCUAUUCAAGGACUGAUACAUCUCUUCACUCCUGAUCUCAAGAUCCUAAAAAAUCCACGUGCAUGGCUUGAUGCAGCCACCCAGAUUUUCUUCUCCCUUUCUUUAGCACUUGGAGGACACAUAGCAUAUGCAAGCUACAAUCCACAAAAAAAUGACUGUGAAAAGGAUUCUGUCAUAAUAGCUUCAGUGAACAGUUUAACAUCUUUGUAUGCCUCAAUCUCCAUUUUUUCAAUUCUUGGGUUCAAAGCAACAAUUAGCUACUGGGACUGUUUGGAUAGAAAUAUUGCAGCACUCACAGCAGCAUUUAAUUUGACGGACCAAAGCAUUUCAAGAGAAAAUUAUACACUCUGGUUUGAGUCUCUGAGUAAAAUUUCUCCGCCAACGGUUUCUAAUCUCAUGCUGAAAAAAUGUGAUCUUCAACAUUUCCUUAAUCAGAGUGCUUCUGGACCUGGCCUGGCCUUUAUUCUAUUCACUGAAGUUGUACUGAGGAUGCCUGGAGCCCAAGCUUGGGCAAUUCUGUUUUUCACCAUGCUCUUCACCCUAGGUCUGUCUUCUAUGUUUGGACUCAUUCAGAGCAUCCUGACUCCUUUCAUAGAGUUUCCCAUUGUGUCAAAAUACUUAAGCAAAGAAAUAUCUUGUGGUAUAAUAUGCUUUAGCUCGUUUUUGAUCGGUCUCCUUUUUACUACGCGAUCAGGGAGCUACUGGCUUGAAGUGUUUGAUAGCUAUGGAGGAAGCAUACCAUUGCUGGUCAUUUCUUUCCUUGAAGUGUGCAGUGUUGUAUUUGUUUAUGGACUGAAAAGGUUCUGUGAUGACGUGGAAUGGAUGACUGGACGCCCAGUGAAUUUCUACUGGAAGGCAUCCUGGCAGUUUAUCAGCCCUGUGCUCAUGCUUUCAGUCUUUUUGAGCUACCUAUCUAUUCAGCGUCCAUCAAUCUACGGUGCAUGGGAUCCGAGCUAUGCAGAGUUUCCUUCGAAAAAGCCCAAACCUUACUCCCACUGGAUUUUGUUCAUCUGUGGCUUGCUUGUGGUCAUGCCAUGCAUAGUUAUUCCAGCUGUAGCCAUUUGCCAUUUUAUGAAAGUACUGCUGAAAAGGAAGAAGAAUCAAGUCCUACAUCCAUCUGAAAGCACCGAAGGCAACUGAUGUGCUAUGAUUCUGUCAUCUGAUUCCAGUAAUCCACAGUAAACCAGAUUUCCAGGCUAUCAACAUAAAAAAGUAUAUUAAUUUAAGGCAAUCUAUGAGAAUUAAGAGUGUACAUUGUCUGUGUAAACUUCUGUAGAAUUCUUAGUGAACAUAGUAAAAGUAUUCCAGAUAAACAGCCUUUAUAUUCUA